AUGACACCCGCCAUCGACCUUGAGGCUACUGCCAACCGUAUCGAUUCUUUCAACAACCACCAAAACAACCACCAUCAUCACCACCUCCUUCACCACAAGGACACCGCCGACCUCCUUGUCGAGGCCAAGGAGGCGCAGCGCAUCAAGUCGCUCGAAAUCAUGGACGCUCGCGCCGAGCUGCUGCGCUCCAAGUUUCAGGACGACGCCUCGAGCAUCAUCACCGCCGUAGACUCCAACAGCGGCAGCCCUGAAAAGGUGCACGAGGACUUCCACGAUCCCUGCGGCCCCUUUGAGGGUCCCGAGAAGCUCCUCGAGCUCUGGUUCGCCGAGGAGCCCGCCGAUGUGAGCGCCUGCCAGUGGCCCGACGCCGACGCACGCCCCGGCUACUUUGGCCUGCGCACCGUCCCCAAGGCCGUGUGGGAGACCAUGCUCGACGUCGUCAAGUGCAAGGUGCUCAGCGUCAUCGAGAGCUCGCACGUCGACGCUUACCUGCUCAGCGAAUCGUCCAUGUUCGUCUUCCCGCACAAGCUCAUCCUCAAGACGUGCGGUACCACCACGCUCCUGCUUGGCCUCGAGAAGCUUCUGACGAUCGCGACCAGGGCGCUCGCAGGUCUGUCGGUCUCGCCGAGCUUCGCCAAGCUCACGACGGUCGAGUCCAACGGCUCCAAUGGCUCGGACGCCUCGCGCGACGACGACAUGGACGAGGCCUCCACCGCCAUGUCCGACUCGAGCUACGUGCACGAGCGUCAGCUCGGCGCUGUGGUCAAGCACGCCUUCUACAGCCGCAAGAGCUUCAUGUUCCCCGAGCGCCAGAAGGGACCGCACCGCGACUGGAUGCUCGAGGUGGCGGUGCUCGACCGCUUCUUCGACUACGGAUCCGCCUACACCGUGGGCAAGAUGAACGGCGACCACUGGCUGCUCUGGAUGGGCUGCGAGGGUGCGCGCGAGGCCGAGCGGCCGCUCGUCACCGCCGCCGUGGAGCGUCCGCUCGCUCUGCCGGCGCCGUGCGUGGAGGACCAGACACUCGAGAUCCUCAUGACGCACCUCUCGCCCGCCUCGUGCGCUCGCUUCGUCUUUGACGAGAAUCUGCCGCACCCGAGCGUGGUCGAGUGCUAUCCGGGCAAGCAGCUCAGCGGUGUCGAGGCGGAGGCGGCCGUUGGGCUCGACAAGGGCCAUGCGCUCGGUCUGGCGCUGUCCAACAAGCUCGGACUCACCCAGCUCUUGCCCGAGACCGAGAUCGACGCGUUUGCGUUUGAGCCGUGCGGCUACUCGGCCAAUGCGGUCAUGCCGCGUGGAGGCAAGAACGACAAUGCCGGCUACUGGACUAUUCACGUGACGCCCGAGGAGGACUCGUCGUUUGCGUCGUUCGAGACCAACGUGGCUCUGUGCUCCAACAGCACCUCGGGCGGCGAGCAGACCACGCUGGCUCUGCCCACCAGCCUGCCUACGUUGGUGAGGCGAGUGGUGGACAUUUUCGAGCCGGGCAAGAUGUCGGUCACGCUGUUCGUGUCCACUUCGGACGACGAUGCGAUCGAGGCCGAGGAGGCGGCGGCGGCUGCGGUGGCUGGGGCUGCCAAGGCGCCGCUGACCAACGAGGACAUCCUGCACGCGCUCACGCUCAAGGGAUACAAGCGCACCGACCGAAUCGCGUACGAGUUCGAGAGGUACAACCUCGUCUUUGUCUCGUUCGAGAAGCGUCGUCUGCGCUGA